UAGAAGUAAGGGUCCAUUGAUUUAGAGAAGAAAAAAUAGAUUCAUAGUCAUAGUGUUGAGAUUUGAGGUGGGUUGCGUAAUGAUAGCAGAGAGGGAACAGGGUGGAGGUGCGCCCCACGGGAUCCUCCUGGCAGUAGUGGUAGCAAUCGUGGUUGUAGUGCCCUUUCUAGUUGGGGAUCAGGGCGAGGCCAUCACACAGGCCAUUUCGGACCUUCUAAGCCCAUUGGGCCUCCUCCUUCUGCCCAUCCUCCUACUUCUCACCAUCCACUUCCUCUCCUCCGAUCGCGCCUCCUUCGUCUCCGCCCUCUUCUCCACCGGCGAACCCGACACCAUCCACCGCGUCACCGGCUCCCCCGUCGGCGUCGCGCUCUUCCUCAUCCUCAUUCUCUUCCUCUUGUACAACCGCGUCACUAUCUUCGGCGGCGACGACGGAGAUGACUGAUUUAUACUUUCUCCAUCUCCCCUCUUCUACAUGUACCUAUUAUUGUUAUUAUUAUUGAAGCCAUAAGUUAUUGCAUGUCAUUUGGUUCCACUUCAAUUCAAUUGCUUUAUUUUUGCAUUUCAAUUUCAGUCAAGUAAUUAAUGUUGUUUUUUCUUC